AUGACGAAUAAGGGGAGCAAGUCUCGGCACUUUAAAGUCCGCACCAACCAUAGACCUGGGUCACGAACCGUACACUUCGACGACGACUACCCGAUGAACGGCGUAGAUGCAUCUCCUGCGAAGAAACAUCACCCACAGAACAAGAAGGCAGCCAAGGGGAAAACCCCCCAAGGCCAAAACCAAAGCGCACCAUGGCACGGCUGGAACAGCAACAGCAACAGCAACCCCCCAGAUCAACACAGGCACAACAACCCAAACCAGCGUAACAACAAGAACGGCAACAACAAUAACAACAAAAAUCCUAACAAGCAUAAUCGAAACCGCGGCCGCAACAACCGAAACAACAAUAAAGACGCCGACGCCGACGACGAAAACAACGGUGACGACAGCGGCAUAUUCGGGGGGCCCUCCCCAGCACCCUUCCCACCCCGCAAGAACUGCAGCAAAACCCCCAACCACAACAGUCAUAACCAUAACCGCAACACCAACACCCCCACCACCAACAAAACCAUCCGCUUCUGCACCGAAUGCCGCGACGUCCGGCGCGCAAACCUGCACUUCCGCGACUGGGCCGCGCGCGCGCUGCAGCGAUACAGCGAGAAGUUCAGCGCCUGGGCCGAGGACGCGGGGGUGGGCUUCAACACGGGCGACGAGAUGGACUGGCAGCCCGAGCCCGUCGUCCGCGUGCUGCUCGUCACGCCCAACUUUUCGCCCCCGCCUUCUCCCGCCCUGGCGUCUGCGCAGACACAACAAAUGCUGAAUCAUCACUACUAUCAUAGCAAUAAUAACAACAACAAUAACAACAACAACAACAACGGCAUAGGACCGAUCCCGAAACCGGGGCCCUGGGCCUGGCCGCCCUUCUCCGGCGGCACGACGGGCGAUUUCUGGCCGUUCGGCACCCCGAACAACUCCUCCUCGUCCUCCUCCGUAGCCAAGCCCGCCAUCAAAUGGCCGCCCCAACCACCAACAGCACCAGCAGGAGGAGGGAGCGCAUUUGGUACAUCCAGCAGUGAUAAUGCAAAUCAUGGUGGUUACGAAGGCGGUCCCAUGCCCGUAUCCGGCUUCGGGAUCAUCGGCGCCACAGCAGCGGCGGGGAGCCAGCUGCUGCCGACGGCGCCGGGCCUGCGAUGGAUAGAGGGGAUGAGUGGCGGGGUGGACGACCCGGGGAUCCCGACACGGACGGCGGCGCAGACGCCGGCGGUGACGAGCACGUGUAACGAGGGUUUUAGGACGACGCUGAGGGGUAUCGGAUACUACGACUGCACUGAAUGGAAACCUACCUCUAGUGGUUAUCUAUUUCACAGUAUCGCAGAAGCACCUACGAUGGCAAAACGGAACAAGCGACCAGUUAUCUCAGACGUGGCCUGCGUCAAAUCAUCGAGGUGGACUGAGAAUGACGGAAAAGACGUUGAACGGAUGAGACUAUAACCUGGAGAGUAUCACUAGCAAAGCAGCAAAGGCAAACUUUUGUAUAACAGGACUGAAAUAGACAAAAUACACGGGGGUCGAGUUGCCUAUUUGUAAUAUUGACCAGAGACUUUGUUCCCAUUGGAACUAUGCGAUGCAUAGAAAAGAAUUAGCAAAAAAGAUCCCACCCUCCGAACGCCUAGUCGCCAUUGCCUGAUGGGAAUAACUCCAUCCCGUGAACCGUGUGGAUUAUGAUUGUCACAUCAAGACCGUAA